ACCUAAAUCUGGAUCAGAGACCAGUCUGGCCCAAGGACAUGAAACUCAUGAUCUCUCUAGGAAUCAUCUUGGGAAUGAUGACCUAUACCUCCGCUCUACCUAUCCAGAAUUCAUCAGUGAUACAAGAAAUGAGAGGGAGGUUGAAAAGAGGAAACUCCGAGGUGCUUAGGGGUCCAGAGGAAAUGAAUGCAAUGGACAGGAUCCUGAGAACCAAUGGGAGGCUGGGCAGCCCUAGAGCCCGAGGCCUGUCCUUCAGGGAAGGAGACAUUGCCAGCUCCUACAACAUACAGAGCCGCAGCGCCAUAACCUGCCCUGGUAACUCCUGCCUCUGGCCCAAGUCAGUGGAUGGAUCUGUCUAUGUUCCCUACAUUAUCUCUCCACAAUAUGAUGACAUGGAUAGAAUCACCAUAGAGAUGGGAAUGCUGGACAUCUUACUUCAAACGUGUGUGAAGUUUGUUCCUCGCAGCCAUGAAACCAACUUCCUGGAUAUACAGCCCAGGUUUGGUUGCUGGUCAUUCCUGGGUAUGACUGAAGGCCCUCAGACCAUCUCCCUGCAGUCCCCCGGGUGCAUGUGGUCUGGCAUCGUCUCCCAUGAACUCAUGCACGCUCUGGGAUUUGUGCACGAGCAGUCCCGCUCUGACCGGGAUCGCCAUGUUUCCAUCAUGUGGGAACACAUCAGGAAGGGUCAGAAGCAUAACUUUAAGAAGUACCAGACCAACAACCUCAAUACUGUCUAUGAUUACGGCUCCAUCAUGCACUAUGGCAGGUAUGCCUUCUCAGAGGACGGUAGCCCAACCAUCAUCCCCAAACCAGAUCCCAACACUCCUAUUGGUCAGCGAGAUGGACCCAGUGUUCUGGACAUACAGAAGAUAAACCUACUGUAUGAAUGUGGUGGCCUGGUGUAACUCCGAUGAAGAACUGUCAGCGUAGACCACGAUCCGCUUACAAACUGAUGGAACAAGUCCCAUUUUUACUGAUACAUAUUUUAAUCGCGUUUAUGAAACUUAAGCUCGAGACAUGUCAAUAAAGUCUGUUUAUAAGUGUU